UGUCUACUGGAGAUGAAGGAGAAAUGGUGCAUUGUGCUCAAUGACUACUACAACUAGCCUACGAUUACUGUUCUGCUGGAAGAGCAACUGUGCAUAUGUUUAUCAAGGGUCUUCCAGGUGAUCAUCAUGUAAACUGCUUUUUGAGUAAGUCUUCUUUUAAUGCCAGUCUUCUGUUCCUGGAAUUGGCCUGAAGGACAAGGAAGCUCAUUCCUGUUUGUCCAUGGAGUUCCCAUUUUUCCAUGGAAAGAUAACAAGGAAAGCCUGCGAAGAACUGCUGUGCAAGAAUGGAAAGAAUGGUAGCUAUUUAAUACGAGAAAGCGAAAGCGUGGAAGGAGCCUUGUGUCUGUGUGUUUUCUUUGAAGAACUCAUCUACACUUACCGUAUCUUCAGGGAAAAGCAAGGAUAUUAUAAAAUACAGACUUCUGAAGGUAUUCCAGAAAAGGUAUUCAGAACAUUAAAGGAUUUAAUAUACAACUAUGAGAAACCAAACCAAGGACUAGUAACAAAUCUUCUCUACCCAGUCAAGAAAACAACGCCCCCACAAAGAAGCCAGAGGCUCAAGUUAGGAAAGGAUAAUAUUUAUGAUGAAAUUGAUGAAAGUGACUACGUUGCUGUCUUACCCUGAAUGAUCUGUGAUCUGAUGAUUUGGAAAGCCACCUUCCUAAGCAGCACCACAGCAAAACAGGACAGCUAGGGAGAGUUAAUGGUUGGACAUUCGCAACAGUGGAUCUAUACCUCUGGAAUUAGUGCCUUUUGGAGACUGUCAGAGCAACUGUGUUCUGCCUCAGUAGAAAAUACUGUAUAUUUUUGUGCAUUAUUAAGAGAAUUAUUUUUUUGAUACAUGCAUACAUAUACAUAUAUAUGAGGGGAAAGUGGGUUAUGUGUUUUUCUGCAUUUUGUGGUUUUUGUUUUUUUAGCAAACUCUCCAAGGUAUCAACUGCUGAAAUGAAUAAUCUGUUAGAAAGCCAGCAAUGUGAAGACAAUAAACGAAUGUGCUUGAAGCCCUAGUUUAUGGCAAAAAUGAUAUAUGUUGAUAAAAAUGAUACAUGCUAAAAAUUCUAUUUGCAUCAUACGAUGCUUAAGAACUGUUCUUUUUUUGUGAUUCAUGUGACUUCAUUGGUGGAUAUAUGGGUAGUAGUUCAGCUGUGUUAAGGAAUACUAGUUUUAUCCUGUGGUUCGGAAUAAUCUAAAUUAAAACAAAAAGGCUGUUGUAAAUUCAUGCCAUACAAAAUUAAUCAAUAACAUGAAAAUGAUUUUAAGUAUUUUUCAUAUUGAUGAAUGGUUCUGGUUUAUAAUUAGAGGAGUGCAAAUUCACCAUCUGUGUAGUUAUGCACUUUUUUUUUUUUUUCUAAUAGGUACUGCAUACCUCAGAAUGCUUACAUUUUAUUUACCGCUGCCAUUACUGCCAUGUGCAUGGGUUUGGGUAUUUUUUAAUGUAAGAACUUGCUUUAAUCUUUAACCCCUCACUUUAAAUAUUUAAUGUAUGUGUUUGUUCUGAAGGCGGCCUGUAACUGCCAGCUGAAGUCAUAACUGGAAUGUAUGUUCUGAUUCUUCCUGUUGCUAGCACCAACUCCCCCUCGGUCAGUAAUCUUGCGGAAGACAUUUAUAUUUUCCGUAUGUUUAAGAUCUUUCACAAAUGA